AUGGCUGAAGCUACCCCAAUCGUCCUCACGCCUGGGUUGGCAGUUGGUGCUACGCUGGAUGACGAGAAACAAUGGCCAAUGGACGUCAACGAGGUUCCCAUCCCAGUCUUCGACACGGGUGUGUUCAUCACUGAGUUGAUCAACAAUGACAUGUUGCCCAAGAUGUUUGAGAAUCCACUCACCGAGGAUGAAAAGUCUUCACUUCAAGACAACCCUGAAGUCCUCCUAGAGCGAGCCAAGAACGAUGCAAACCGCGCCGACCAGCUUCUGGAGGGUACCUACUGUGGUACUCAACUUGCGUUGACCAAGAUAUACGAUCUCAUUAAGAAGAAAUACGGAUCGUUCAUGGAUACCGCCAACUUCGAGCCGACCGUGCCCUCACCGCUCUCUCUUGACCAAAAGAAGCAGUUCUUCGCCUUCACUGACCCCAAGACGGACAACUUUCCCCCACACCUCAAUCUUGCGGCCAACAAAGACGCCAAUGGAGUCAUGCCAAAGCACCAGGGGUCGGCUCUGUCCCCCGGCGAUCUGUUCAACACGCUGCGUCUUGCCCAGCUCACAGCACUAAUCCCUGCCGUGGUGCCGAAGAACUUCAUCGGACGAGCUGGGGCCAAGGUUGGUAAGAAGCUUAUCCGCAAUGAUAUCUUCGAUUUACCAAACAUUGGCAACCUCUCUGACUGGUACUCGGAUGCUCGGUUCGCCCCGCAAUUCUUCACGGGGACAAACCCUACAACUAUCGAGAAGGCCGGCAAAUGGGUCCGAAUCUUCGUCGACGCAGCAACGGACCCCAAGGACAGCGGCAUGAAGUCCAAGAUCAGCAAGAGGGCAUCCGAGUCCCCCGAGUCAUUGUACGUGCAGGACUACAGCUACAUCCGGAAGUCGGCAGGAACUGAUGACCUCCGCCGUGCAAUACGGUGUUGCGUCCGUGUGCUUGUUCACCUGGCAGAUAAUGGCAAACUGGAGCCCAUCGCCAUCAUCAUUGACUGGCGCGGCAAAGACGAAGACCCCAAAGACUCGGUCUUCAUCUAUAACAGGGAGCUCAACACUGUUGAGCAGAAGGAGGACUGGGCUUGGCGAUAUGCCAAGACAUGUGUCCAAAGCAGUGACUGGAUCCGACACACCCUCACUGUCCAUCUGACCCGCACGCACUUGAUCGAGGAGUCUGCCAUCGUCACAGCACACAGGACUCUGCCCCAGGACCACGACGUCUUCCAGCUUCUGUACCCGCACUGGCAGAAGACACUGUCACUCAAUGCUGCAGCUCGAAGUGUGCUCAUACCCUAUGUCAUCGCUUCCUUGAUGGGUAUGGAGGAGGGGCCCACGUACCAGUGUAUCAGAUCGGAGUAUUAUGAUUUCGACUUCCAGGGGUCCUACAUCCCCGAGGACCUCCGACGUCGUGGGUUCCCCCCCGAGAAGAUCAACGACAACAGGUACCACAACUACGCCUGGGCCCGCUGCAUCUUGAGCAUGUGGUUCAAGAUCCGGCGCUACGUGAAGACGAUGCUCUCGCUGAGAUACACGGGCCAAGACCCAGAUCUCGAGGUCCGCAACGACAGCGCGGUCCAGAACUGGUCCAAGGAGAUGCGGGCGCCCGUCGGCACAGGGGACGGAGCCCAAAUCACCAGGUUCCUGGAGCUCAACAGCCUGGACGACCUCAUCGACACCGUCACCAUGUGCAUCCACAUCGCGUCGCCGCAGCACACGUCCGUCAAUUACCUGCAGAACUACUACCAGGCCUUCGUGCCCAACAAGCCGCCCUGCCUCUACACGGCGCCGCCGACGACGCGCGAGGAGCUGCUGGGCUACACGGAGGCGGACCUCGUCGCCGCGCUGCCCAUGAACCAGCCGCACGACUGGCUGCUGGCCUCGCACAUCCCGUAUCUGCUGUCGUUCAAGCCGGGCGACAAGGAGUCGCUGAUCAUCGACAAGGAGCGGAAGAUCGCGGCGGCCGCGGCGCGCUUCUACCAAGAUCUCGCCGAGAGCCAGGGCGAGUUUAGGGCUUAUGGCGAGGACACGGAUGGUAGGAGCAUCACGUACAACGUGCUGAGUCCCGACUGGAACGCCGUCAGCAUCUUGAUUUGA